GCCACUAGGUUAGAUAAUACAGUUAUAUAUAUCUUGCGCCCAAGAUAAGACGGCAAAACCGCAACAAUCUUCUGCCAUGUCCGCGUCUAUGUCGCAGCAGCCCCGAGAAUUUUCCCCUGGGAUAUUGGAUUGGUCCACUGUGCACAAGCCGACGGGAGAGUUAUUCCCUCCAGUGAAGGACAAAAAUGAAUGGAAUAAAUUCAAGUGGAGCCAAGACCAGGUGGACCAGUUUCGGCGAGAUGGAUUCCUGCUACACGUGCCGCUCCUUACAGAAGAGCAAUGUGACAAAAUUUUAGAAGACUUCAAAUAUUUCAUGGAUCCACGUGCCCGUCAUCCUGGUCACGCUAUGCUGUAUGAGUUCCAUGCCAACCAAUGCAAUGACCCGAACAACGUGGUUAUGCACGUGCUUGGCCACUGGCGAUUGACCAAGGCUUUACACGACCUGGUGUUUUUACCUCAAGUUGUGGUUCCAGCUUCCCAACUUGUGGACGAAAGUUGCCCAGAGGCGGCCGUGAGGCUAUGGACAGACCAGUUGUUCUUGAAACCUCCAAGGCAUGGAGGCGUGGUGGCAUGGCACCAAGACUAUUCCUACUGGGUGAGAACAAAGCCAAUGAAGCACAUAACGGUCCACAUUGCACUGGACGACCAGACGGAGGAGAAUGGCUGUAUUCAAUACGUGCCUGGAUCACACAGGUGGACGAGGAAUGGCGACCCAUUCCCGGUGUUGGACCACAGUUUUAGGGACAUGGAGGGAAUUAAAUCCAUCCUAACUGAUGAAGAGAAGGCCGCUUUUAAGCCAGUGCCCGCGCUGUUAAAGAAAGGACAUGCCAGUUUCCAUAAUGCUAUGACGGUUCAUGGAUCUUAUGAUAACAAGACAGACAAGCCUCGGCGUGCUGCGGUAUUAAAUUAUUUCGCCGAUGGUGUGUACAGUGACACGGACAAAGCUAUGCUGAGAGGAAACAGUGGCACUGACACGGAUGAAAAUCUGGACGAUAAACUCUCCCAAGAAACAAUAAUACCUAAGGGCCACAAAAUGGAAGGUCAAUUCUUUCCACUCGUAUAUGACCCUGCCUGGACCAAGUAAACUGGAUUGUUGAGACAUGCCAAAAGGCCACCGUAACGCC